UGUUUUUGAGAGAUACUCUGAGAUAAGCGCUUGAAUUUUAUAAAACAAACUAGUAACGAACUAACAAAAAACGAUGUCAAUUUUGCCAUACGUGUACGAUUUGGAGAGACCAUUUCGUCUGAUGGAUCGAGAACUCUUCGGCCCGCAGGAUUUCUACAGGAUGUCGCCUUUCAACCAAUCGAUGCAUCGUGACCGCUACAGAAUGUCUCCGUACAAUCAAUUUCGCGACGUCUUUGAACCGCAGUUUUACAGACCCUGGGAAAAUACUUUGCGACAAAUAGAAAACGUAAUGAAACCGAUAGAGCAGCUGACUUCGGCGAUGAAUCAAAUGGCGCUUCAGGAGAUGGGCUCUAAAAUCACAUCCAACGACGAGAAGUUUCAGGUCAAUAUCGACGUACAACAUUUUUCACCGGAUGAAAUAAAUGUGAAGGUAGUCGACGGACACGUCGUGGUGGAAGGGAAACACGAGGAGAAGCAGGAUCAGCACGGGUAUGUGUCGAGACAGUUCAUCAGACGAUACGCGCUACCACAAGGCUGUUUACCAGACACGGUGGAAUCGAAGCUGUCUUCUGACGGUGUCCUGACGGUCACUGCACCUAAGGUGCUAGCCUUACCUUCGACUGGUGAAAAGAUUGUUCCAAUAACACAUACUGGUCCUGUGAUGAAGAAGGUCGGAUCUCAGGAGCCUUCAGCUGUCGCUGUGUAGUAGGAUUUAUCCAAUGUAAUUUUAAUUAUUUUAAGACUGAUUCUGAUCUGUGCUGCAGGAGGUACUUGUAAACUUUUUUCAAUAAAUUAU